GACACACACACAGUGAGGAAACUGAUUAAUAAAUAUAAAACAGAGAGCAUGAAAGCCGCAACCAUAUUUUUUCUUCUUCUUCCAUUAGCAUGUAUAACAAUUUCAGCUUUCGAUACUAAUGAUGCUGCCACAGCCGGCGUUAUUCUCAUUCCCAUCAUGUGCAACAAAAGAAACUUCAGCAGCAGGGGGUUGCUGCCGGCGAAGAGUCACCUUCUGGGUAAGUUGAUAGCCAAAACUUACUCGAAGCCCAACUACAAGUACUGUACCGGAGAUGCAACCCGCGGCGGCGGUCGUCAUACGAUGUACGGCUACGCAUACUGUAGUCGGGUGAUGGUCUGCGACGGCGGCGGCGAGGGGAGGUGGUGUCCGACGUCGUAUGAAGAGUGCUCAGGCUGUUUGGCUACUGCCGGGGAGUAUCUCACCAAGCGCUGCAAAUGCAGAAUUGGGGGACACGUCAAGGUUAAUACUGGGAGGUUAGAGUGUUACAUUAGAUAUGAGACCAGAAAGUUCCGAUGUAGCUAGUGCUGGAUUUGCUCAUAAAUAUAUGGUAUUUCCAGUUGGACCGGGCAGUAUGAUAGAGUUUCUAAAAUAUUGGAAAAAACACAUAGAAUUCAAAAUUCGAUAUUUGAGUUUAUCUAUCUAUUCGAGUGAUACUACUUCUUGUGCCGAUCGAAUAUCCUGUGUAUUCAGGAGGUGGCAGUUCGAUUGAUAUAACCAUUUGAAACUGAAACUAAAAUGAGACUAGUGAUCAAAUUCGAGACCGAUAAGCGCUCAACUAUUUUGGCAAGAAUAAAUUGAAAAAAAAAACCCCUUUAAUUGCGUUAAAAUCUUAUAAAAUUUUAUUGGUUUUCAAUUUUAAUGGAAAAAAACUAAGGGUUUGUCGAUUUUUACUCGUUAAGCGAAACCAAUAGACUUGAAAAUCGAGUCGAUUUUGAUUGACCCAAAACAAAAAUUGAACCGCCACCCCUAAAUGUAUUCUCUAUACUUAACACCAUUUUACGUUUAGAUGUACCAUGCUGAUUUUUAAAGAGAUCAUUUAUCAUUGUACUACUUUACUCUAAUCACGUUUAACUUCAAAUUAUUUACAAAAUCUUUUUUAUUUCACUUCCCCAUUCACAUUUAUCUCUUGAGAUUAUAUUAUAUAUUAUUGUUGGGGGUGUUACUAAGAUACUCCGCGCACAGACUAAGUAAUAGCGCGUCCAAUCGAUAACGUAUGACGCUCGAAACCCGCUACGAGUAUAUAAAGGUAUGAAACCCUCCAAGGAGGGGGACUUCUCCUCUCCCCUCACUUUCUAUUUUCCACUAUCUCUCUACACCUCAUCUCUCUAUCUUAUUCUCUCAACUCUCUCUUGAAACUGAAACUAACUUGAUUGUCGGAGCUUACCGGGGGGCAUCCCCGGCUCUUUCACAGGUUUCUUCCUGUCAGAACAGAAGCGUCCAAUCGAUAAUCCAAACCAACACGAACGAACACAAAUUUAACGUGGUUCACUAACACAAUGUGUGCUAUCCACGGGCAAGGGAGAACAAAUUUCACUAAUUUGAGGAGAGUACAGGUUACAACCAAAUUCCAAACGGACAAACCAAACAAUCUAACCUGACUGACUCCUACUAGAGACUAGGGUGAUGAAGAGUAUUUAUAAAACUCUUCUCCUAAUCCCAAACAGAAAACCAAACACCUUUUCCCAAACAUACAAGGAAAAGGUCAAACAAAACCCAAACACAAACCCAAACAAAAUAGGCCGAAAACACAAAACUAACCCAAAUCAAAUUCAAGUCAUAUUCUAACAAUCUCCACCUUGACUUGAAUUCUCUGUCAAAUACCAGAUGUACCAGACGCAACCAAAGUUGUCAGGUGUACCAAACGCAACCAAAGUUGCCAGAUGUACCCAAACGCGAUACAUAUCGCCAGACGUAUCCAAAUGCGAUCGAAACCGCCAAACUCAAACGCAAUAAAGAUUGUCAGACAUAUCCAAAUGCGAUUCAUAUCGCCAGACCAAACGCGAUGCAAAUCGCCAAACUCUGAUGCAAUCAAAAUUGCCAAAAGUACCAAACUCUCCAAAUCAGCUGUACCAGAAUCUCCCUUGCCUCCAAAUGCCCCUAAGGGCGAUCAACAAAUCAAAACAUGCAGUAAACCCAUGUUGGGACUUGCCAUGCAGAACCAGCUUGGUGUUAUUUCCGUCCAUAACACCAACAUUAAAUUUACUGCUAACUCCAAACCUGCAACUCCAAAUCGACUUCUCAGUCUUCAAAUCCAGAACAAACAUCCUUGGUGAUCGAAAACCCUGAUCACCACCAAGGGCAACAAACAAAAUUCUCCCCAAACCACAAGCUUUCUUCAAGUUAAGACAAAAUCCACAAAUCAAAUUGAAGAACCUGA